UCGACGUCGCGCAUCUUUGGAAGAAGUUCAACUCCACGAUGUGAACCCUCCGGAGCUUGCGCAGUCCAAGAUGAGCGUCGACGACUCGUCUUCGCAAGGUUCUGGCCCGUCGCAAAGCGAUCUCCUACCCUCUCGAGGAGAAGGUCACGCAGUUCACAGGAGCUGCAGCAGCAGCAACAACAGCAGAAGGAACGGCGCCGUUCCCGACGGCGGCGCCGGCGUCCGUUUGAGCGCCAAUGAACUACAGAACGAUACAAAGAAGAGAGCUACUCAGCUACCUGUGCCGUCAAUCUGCCGAACCAGGCAUUCGGUGGCGUCCGCGCCCGACCUGGAAGCUAUCAUUGUGACCGAAUAUUCAGUUCCAGCUCUAACCAAAACCCACAAAGGAUCCUUGCAGCCUUUUAACGCAUGCCAUCCCCUAGCGAUUUUACUCCGGUUUCGAGUCGCGCAGGUAGCUUCCGGCUUUUGUACAUUUCUCCUGGGAGCAUCGGCACUCCUGGACAAGGACACCAGGCGGUCGCUGUUUCUCGCGUGCAUCGCCGGCUCCCUCUGUAUUCUCAGCACUGUUUUGCAUAUAGCCGACUGUCGCCGGCGGGGCCCGAAAGGCCUGCAGUACAUAUUCCCGAGUGUGCACGUUACUCUCGCUGUGAUACUGACGACGAUUAGCGUUGUCGCUUGUUUGGCAUCUUCUCUGGUUCACGCUCUUAGCACAGACAACCGGAAUGUCCUCAAGCUGGCCGUGUCGCAAUGUGUCACUUUGACGCCUUGGUUGUUGAUCGAAGGGGUUACCGUUGCGCUCCGGGUCAUAUGGGCGCGGCGGCUCGUCAGCUGAUCCUAGGGGAGUCGACAGGGAUGUCUUUCGUCAUCUGGUUCCGCCAAUCAUCGCCCAUCAUCUACCGUCUCUUGUAGUGAUGUGCUUGUAGUCCUUUGAGUACGUGAC